AUGGAAGGAAAACACUGCGUGGAGGAGGAGCUCAGAUUUGGGGGAAAUGGUGCCGGAGAGGGGAUGAGAGUGUUUUCAGCUACAAACGAAAUGGAUUUUGAGGAGAGGAUGAGUAGGGAGGGUUGUUUUGGAAGGUGGGCUUUGAAGAAGAAGAAGAUGAGUAGUGGUGGUAAAGGUGCAGCAGGAAGAGCUUUGAUGAUUCCGAGCAGCGUGAAGGAAACGAUCGAGAAUAUAAAGGAGAUAACCGGCCAAAGUCACACUGAUGAGGAGAUUUACGCAAUGCUCAAGGAAUGCUCCAUGGAUCCCAACGAGACUACCCAGAAGCUCCUCCUACAAGAUACGUUUCAUGAAGUAAAAAGGAAGCGUGAUAGGAGAAAAGAGCAUCUGAACAAGGAGUCUGCAGAGUCAAGGUCGAAGCCUGGUGUGCAGACAAGGGUGAAUAGAGGGGGUCAGAGGGACUAUUCAUCACAAUACGUUUCUCGCGAUGGUGGUCGGGGAAGGAACUUGGCUGGAGCAAUGGAAAAUGCAACCAGUCAAAUUUCAGAGAAAGAUCCCAGCCCAGCUCCCUUGCCCAAGUCACAGGAUGCCAAAAGCAAUGAAACAACUUCUGUUGCAAGAUCUAUAACUGAUGUUGCUAAUGGUCCUUCCCGUGUAACUUCUCUUAGUACUAGUGUUGUACCUGAUGGCCAUGCAUCUGGAGGUAGAGGUGUCAAUCAAAUUAAAGAAACUGGAAACACUAGGCUGGGUAAGUCAGGGGGGCCUCCUGUUGAUGCAAAUAGAAACCCCACUACUGCUCUUGGACCCAGAGAUGGGCACCAGAUUCUGAAUUCCAGUAACCGUGGAACAUCUCUUUCUUCAGCACCUUCCUCAGGAGUUCAUUUGUCUUCUUCAGAUCUUUUUGUCGUGCCAUCUCAAGAUUCAUGUCUUGCUAGUGCGCUAGGGACUAUUAAACAUGAAGUGGAAAGUCAGCGUAUUCCUGUUGAGCAGAUGGCAGACACUUCUGUUGAGGGCAAGUCAUUUGCUGUAUCGGCUACAGAGGUUGGGAGCUCCAUUGAACAGAAGAUGCCAAGCAAUUGCCAGGGAGCUGAAAAGAACAAUCUUAUAGAAUCUCCACAAACAGCAUCUUCUACUCUUGGUGGUUCUUCUAUUACUAGGCCUUCAUCUAAUUCCAACAAUCGGCCUCAAGAAAUUGAUCCACCAAAAGUGGGUACUGGCAAGGAGUGGAGAUCAAAGUCCACAAGUUCUAGUAUUACUCAUAGAUCUGGCUCGGUUGCUCCAUUUGAUGUUCCUAGAGUUCCUAUCGAAAGUCAUACUACAUUGCAGCCGACACCCAAUGUCCUUGCCUCAAGGGAUGUAACUUUAGAGCUGCAGAGAAAGUUAGACAAGUCACACAUUUCAGAUAAUCAACAAGUCAUUAUACCUAGUCAUCUACAUGUUCCUGAAGUUGAAAAGCUGGGGUUUUGUUUUGGAAGUUUUGAUGCUAGCUUUGGACUAGACACAUCCUGCGGUGAUGCUCCUGAGAGUGACGAGAAUUCACAUCUUUCUAAAUAUUCCGAGGCUGUUGAGGAAACUGACGAGGAGCAAUCUUCAAGCCAUCAGAGUGGACUGGUAGCUGCAGAGGAUACAGAAAGAAAAUAUCCUUAUAUUUCUGAAUCAUCUUCUCAGGGACCCAAAAACUUUCCACCCAGUGAUGGUGAAGUUUCAUUCUCUGUUCUUCCAGAAUAUACUGAGUCCAAGCAGGAGGUUGCUCCUGGGAUUCAUCAACUUCCUCUGGCUGAUACUUCUUCAAACUACGGCUUUGGUUUUACUCCACCAAUAUUGAGUAGCCACCUUGCACCCUUGGAAAGUUCUGAAUCUCAAGCUCGUGAUGUUCCUACAUUUUCAGGCUUUGUUGCUCAGCAAUCAUUUGAUCUGACAAGCUAUUAUGCACAAUUCUAUCGCCCUGAUGUGGAUGUUGAUGGCCGCACUUUGCCCUUCAGUUCAACUGGAGCUGCAACCAAGUACAAUGGAAAUGCUGCAGGGGUCUCUUCACAGAUUUCGCCAUCUCCUCAAGAGAGUAGUGUCCCUCUGGUUUUAUCCACAGCAGCUCCAACAUCAAUUGCGACUCAAGCUUCUGGGAUUAUGCAAAAUUCAAUAACUGCUUCUCAGCAACCUCUUCCAGUCUUCCAACAACCAACUGGGGUGCACCUGCCACAUUACCCUCCAAACUACUUUCCAUACGGCCCCUAUUUGUCUCCAUUUUAUGUUCCACAACCAGCAAUUCAUCAAUUCUUGAGCAACAGUGCAUUUCCUCAGCAACCUCAGACUGGAACUGUUUAUCCAACUCCACCAGGGGCAGCUACUAAAUAUUCAAUUUCUCAAUAUAUACAAGGACCUAACGCAGGAAAUGCAACUCACAUUGGAAUGCCAGGUAACUAUGGAACAUAUGGCCUUCCGAUGCCCAACUAUGCAUCCAGUUCAGCUACAACAGUUGAUAAUUUAAUGUCUAGUGAAGAUAUUUCUCCUCAAUCUAAGGAAAAUAUCAAUGUCAGCAGCCAACAGGGUGAAGGUUCAAGUUUGUGGUUUACUACACCUAGUCAAGAUAUUUCGACCUUGCAGGCUGGUUCCUUUUACAAUCUUCCUCAAGGUCAACUAGCUUUCUCCCCAACACAGCCAGGCCAAGGAGCAUUCACUGGUAUCUUCCACUCAGUACAGCCAGUGACAUCAGCAACCGUUCACCCUCUUCUGCAACAACCCCAAUCCAUUACAACCCCUAUGGAUAUGAUGAGACCAACUGCCAGUGUUCAUCAGCAGGCACAACUAAACCAAGUGAUAGUGAGUUUAGAAGCUCGUGUUUUCUUUGCAUCAGUUUGGCACACUGAUGCGAGGCGUUGGGUGGGAUGGACUGAUCAUUGCCAUUGCUGUGGUGGGCCGGAGACAGCUUGUCAUGUGCUGUUGUUAAUGUCAUCAAAGAUUCGGCUCGUUCAUGCAAAUAUUAAAGAGGUGCUGCUUUAUUUGAUGCUGCUGAUUAAAGGGCAUGUUGGUUCCUUGGCAUCGUCAUAUAUUCAUUCCUGUACAAGAAUGGCAGAACGUUCAAGAAAAGGUGAAGAAAAGAGCGAGAAAUCGAAGAUAGUUGUGCCUGAAUUAUGCCUAGAUGCUUGGAAAAAUGAUAUUCACUCAACACCAUCUUCACCAGUUACCCUGAGGAAGACAUCAAGUGUGAGGCAUAACUGCUUGUGCUCCCCAACUACACACACCGGCUCUUUCCGGUGCCGGUACCACCGGAACCACGGCCUGACUCGCGGUAGCAUAUCUGUUGGUUCUAAGCUUUCAGAGUUAGCUGGCAAAUCAACUGAAAUCUGUGAUGCAUUCAACAAUCAUCUCAUUUCUGGGCACAAACAAGGCUCGUGA